CCCCGUGAAACUCCGAUGGCUGCCUUAGCCUGGGAGGUGGGGCCGGGAUGGGACCCCUCCUUGUCACCCGCGCUCCGGUGCUGCCCUCUCCCGAGUUCUCACGGGACACCGCAGAAGUAUGACCCCACCUUCAAAGGACCCAUUUACAACAGGGGCUGCACGGAUGUCAUCUGCUGUGUCUUCCUCUUCCUGGCCAUCGUGGGCUAUGUGGCUGUGGGCAUCAUAGCCUGGACCCACGGGGACCCUCGGAAGGUGAUCUACCCCACGGACAGCCGAGGCGAGUUCUGUGGGCAGAAGGGCACGAAAAAUGCCAACAAGCCCUUCCUGUUCUAUUUCAACAUCGUGAAGUGUGCCAGCCCCCUGGUCCUUCUGGAGUUCCAGUGUCCCACCCCCCAGAUCUGCGUGGAGAAGUGCCCCGACCGCUACCUCACCUUCCUGAAUGCCCGCACCUCCCGGGACUUCGAGUACUACAAGCAGUUCUGCGUGCCCGGCUUCCAGAACAACAAGGGCGUGGCUGAGGUGCUUCGAGAUGACGACUGCCCAGCUGUCCUCACGCCCAGCAAACCCUUGGCACGGCGCUGCUUCCCAGCCAUCCACGCCCACAAGGGCGUCCUCAUGGUGGGCAACGAGACGACCUACGAGGACGGGCACGGCGCUCGGAAAAACGUCACGGAGCUGGUGGAGGGUGCCAAGAAGGCCAACGGGGUCCUGGAGGCCCGGCAGCUGGCCAUGCGGAUAUUCGAAGACUACACUGUCUCCUGGUACUGGAUUGUCAUAGGCCUGGUCAUCGCCAUGGUGAUGAGCCUGCUGUUCAUCGUCCUGCUCCGCUUCCUGGCUGGCAUUAUGGUCUGGGUCAUGAUCGUCCUGGUGAUUCUGGUGCUGGGCUACGGGAUAUUUCACUGCUACAUGGAGUACGCCCGGCUGCGAGGGGAGGCCGGCUCUGACGUCUCCCUGGUGGACCUCGGCUUCCAGACCGACUUCCGGGUGUACCUGCAUUUGCGCCAGACCUGGAUGGCCUUCAUGAUCAUCCUGAGCAUCCUCGAGGUUGUCAUCAUCCUGCUGCUCAUCUUCCUCCGGAAGAGAAUCCUCAUCGCCAUUGCCCUCAUCAAAGAGGCCAGCAGGGCCGUAGGAUAUGUCAUGUGCUCCAUGUUGUACCCGCUGGUCACCUUCUUCCUCCUGUGCUUAUGCAUCGCCUACUGGGCCAGCACCGCUGUCUUCCUGUCCACCUCCAAUGAAGCCGUCUAUAAGAUCUUUGAUGACGUCACCUGCCCGCUUACUGGCAAAACCUGCAACCCCGAGACCUUCCCCUCGGCCAAUGAAUCUCGCCUGUGCCCCAAUGCCCGCUGCCAGUUCGCUUUCUACGGAGGGGAGUCGGGCUACCACCGGGCACUGCUGGGCCUGCAGAUCUUCAACGCCUUCAUGUUCUUUUGGCUGGCCAACUUCGUGCUCGCCCUGGGCCAGGUCACGCUGGCGGGGGCCUUCGCCUCCUACUACUGGGCUCUGCAAAAGCCAGACGACCUUCCCGCCUUCCCGCUCUUCUCUGCCUUCAGUCGGGCGCUCAGGUAUCACACGGGCUCCCUGGCCUUCGGCGCCCUCAUUUUAGCCAUUGUGCAGAUCAUACGAGUGAUGCUGGAGUACCUGGAUCAGCGCCUGAAAGCUGCAGAGAAUAAGUUUGCCAAGUUUCUCAUGACCUGUCUCAAAUGCUGUUUCUGGUGCCUGGAAAAGUUCAUCAAAUUCCUCAACAGAAAUGCCUACAUCAUGAUUGCCAUCUAUGGCACCAACUUCUGCACCUCGGCCAGAAAUGCCUUCUUCCUGCUCAUGAGAAACAUCAUCAGAGUGGCUGUCCUGGACAAAGUCACCGACUUCCUCUUCCUGUUGGGCAAACUUCUGAUCGUGGGUAGUGUGGGGAUCCUGGCUUUCUUCUUCUUCACGCACCGGAUUAGAAUUGUGCAGGACACGGCCCCUCCGCUCAACUAUUACUGGGUCCCUAUACUGACGGUGAUCGUCGGCUCCUACCUGAUCGCCCACGGUUUCUUCAGCGUCUACGGCAUGUGUGUGGACACGCUGUUCCUCUGCUUUUUGGAGGAUCUGGAGAGGAAUGAUGGCUCGGCCGAAAGGCCUUACUACAUGUCUUCCACCCUCAAGAAGCUCUUGAACAAGACCAACAAGAAGCUGGAGUCCUAAGGGGCCUGCCCUCUCCCACCUCUUGGGAAGCCUCAUACUCGGGGUGCCCUGGGCAAGCUGGAGUCAGCACCCCCAGCCUGUGGGACUUGUCUCAAGUCCUGUCACUGCCGCCCCCCUUUCCCUCCACCCCACACUAUCCAGUUGCCACCUGUUUCUGGGGACCUGGAAGAUUUGGGGCACCCCCUCCCUGGGCCAAGGGGCAGUCGGGGUUUUGGUUUCGUGCCUCCACCCCAAGACUGAAAAGUGAGUCCCGUCAGUCCUCCACUGACCUGGGGAGGCCGUCUCUAGGGGGGCUUUUUGGUGUCUGGGAAGUGGUCCGACCUCUGAGCGCCUUCCCAGGGUUCCUGUCCCCCUCGGAUGAUGGGACAGACACCAGGAAGGAGAGGGGACAGUGCUGGCCAGGUCCGGGGGCUCUUGGCUCCCAACUGGCCCAUUUAAUCCUGCCUGCUCCUGCCAGGGCCGAAUGAACUCCUUUUUCAUGGCUGAACAGGUGACCCAAGGGCCAUGAGAAGCGUUUCUUAAUUUUUUUAAACCCGUACAUGCAUUAAAAGGUCUCUUAGCUUUUUAUUUUUUUUCCCCCCCAAUUGUCUCAACAGCUGGGAUCCGGCCACCCAUGAGUGCCUUUCUGUGUCCCUCUCCCUGCCUGGUGUGGCCGGAGUUGGGGGAGUGUUGUGCGCCCAGGUGGGGGUGUUUCCUGGCUGAGCCGGUUGGGGGCGCUGGGGUGUGGAUGAGGGGAGUGCAGGGGCCCUGUCUGGUGUGGCCAGAGCUGGGGGAGUGGUGUGCGCCCAGGUGGGGGUGUUUCCUGGCUGAGCCGGUUGGGGGCGCUGCGGUGUGGAUGAGGGGGUGCAGGGGUUGAAAGGGCCCCACGUGGCCAGUCCAGAGGGGAGGCUGAAAGCAAUUGGAUGGAAAGCCCCUGCCGACCUCCCCGAGCCAGUAACUGACAGGCCUGUCUUUGUAAGAAAAGGAACCUGAGCCCCCCGGGGGCGGCUUCAGGGGAAGAGGUGCCGAUGCCCUGGGCGAGCGGGGUCCCCUCUGCCCCAUCACCUCCCCUCCAGGCUCUUUUUGCCAAACUUGUUGGAACUCAGGGGACCCGGUUUCGCGGUUUCCCCUUUGCCAUAUCCAAACCCCCCGACUUCCUGUCUGGGCUCGGGAACACUGCCCCAGGAUUCUGGAGACAGAAUUCCCAGCCCGGGGUGUCCUGUUUCCUCCGCUGCUGCCAACCCGGACGCCCCCUCCUCCCGUCUGCACAGCCCCGCGUGUCAGCGCAUUCCAGACCCACUAAUAAAGUGCCUAUUGUACA